UAGUUCGCGAUCUUGUGUGGCCGUAUAUCAAUUGGUGCUUCCUCAGUCUUAUCAGCAUCCAUGCAUCACAAGAUAUAGAACCAGCUUGCCAAAACAUACCUAGGUAGAUAUAUUUAUCUACAUAAAUUUUUUUUGGUCGAGCUAAGAUGACUGUCGGAACCAUUCCCCCGAUAGUUCAGCCUAAGAGUGUGAAGUUCGCCAUUGAUCGUGGCGGCACAUUCACCGAUAUCUGGGCUAGCGCGCCGGGUCAAGAAGACAUAGUUCUGAAGCUGUUGUCUGUUGACCCCGGCAGCUACGAUGAUGCGCCGGCGGAGGGCAUCCGUCGGGUGCUGGAGACCCUCUCCGGCCAGAAAAUCCCCAGAGGAGCUCCGAUACCCAAGGAACUGAUCCAUUCAAUUCGCAUGGGAACGACUGUGGCGACUAAUGCAUUGUUGGAAAGGAAAGGAACAAGACACGCCUUCGUCGUCAACCAAGGAUUCCGCGACUUGCUAGAGAUUGGCUACCAGUCCCGGCCGAAGCUCUUCGCCCUCGGCAUCAAGAAGCCCGAACUACUAUACGAGAAAGUCGUCGAAAUCUCCGAGCGCAUCACCGUCGAAGAAUUCGACGAGGACGUCACGCGGGACCGGCGGCCGCCGCUCCAGGAGAUCCCGGGUGUGCUCGUCAGGGGCAUCACGGGCGACAUCCUGCGCAUCGUGCACCCGCUCGACGAGGCCGAGGUGCGGGGAAAGCUCGCGCAGCUCAAGCGCGACGGCAUCGAGACGCUGGCCAUCUGCCUCGCGCACUCGUACAUCUACCCGGCGCACGAGCAGCGCGUCGCGGCGGUCGCGCGGGAGCUGGGCUUCUCCCACGUCUCGACGUCGUCGGCCGUCGGCGCGAACAUGAUCAAGAUGAUCUCGCGCGGCAGCUCGGCGUCCGCGGACGCGUACCUCACGCCGGAGAUCACGCGCUACGUGCAGGGCUUUGCGAGGGUGUUCGCGGGUGGCAAUUUGGACGGCGUGUCUUGCGAGUUCAUGCAGUCGGAUGGCGGGCUGGUUAGCCAUAAGGGGUUUAAUGGGUUGAAGGGUAUUUUGAGCGGCCCGGCGGGCGGCGUGGUGGGACAUGCGAGGACGUCGUAUGAUGGGAAGUCGCCGCUUGUGGGCUUUGAUAUGGGCGGCACUUCGACCGAUGUUUCGAGAUACGGAGGCACGUUCGAACAUGUCUUCGAGACUACGACGGCGGGUGUCUCGAUCCAGUCCCCGCAGCUGGAUAUAAACACGGUGGCUGCUGGCGGCGGCUCGAUGCUCUUCUGGAAAGAUGGGCUCUUUAAGACGGGUCCGGACUCUGCUGGUGCACAUCCGGGCCCGGCUUCGUAUCGGAAAGGAGGGCCCCUUACUGUAACUGACGCAAACCUGUUACUUGGGCGAUUAAUCCCAGAUUACUUCCCAAAGAUAUUCGGUGCUACUGAGGAUCUUCCGCUGGACAUUGAUAUUGCGACAAAAAAGUUCGAGGAGCUCACAGCGCAGAUCAACGCGGACACCGGACGUUCCAUGACUCCGCUCGAGGUUGCGCAUGGUUUCAUUGACGUGGCCAACGAGUCGAUGAGCCGGCCCAUUCGCGCACUCACAGAAGCCCGUGGCUUCGAAACGGGUCAGCACAACCUAGCGACGUUCGGCGGUGCUGGCGGCCAGCAUGCCUGCGAGAUUGCCAAAAAGUUAGGCAUUCGAAGGAUCGUGAUCCACAAGUACUCGAGCAUUCUCUCGGCGUACGGCAUGGCGCUGGCAGAAGUGGUUCAGGAAGCCCAAGAGCCAAGCUCCGAGAUCCUAUCGGAUGAAGCCCUGGCUCGGGUGAAGGCGCGGAUGCAGAAUCUCAAAGCGAAGGUUACUGAAAGCCUUCUUGCGCAGGAAAUCCAGCAGGAUGCUAUCGAGCAUGAGGAGUACCUGAAUCUGAGAUACCAGGGCACCGACACCAAUUUCAUGAUCCUGGCGCCCGCGGACGGGGACUGGAGAUCGGCGCUCGAGAAGGAGCAUCUAAGGGAGCUGUCGUUCGUCUUCCCGAAGGACAAGAAAGUUCAUAUCGAUGAUGUUCGCGUGAGGGGAGUGGGCAAGAGCACGGAAGUAAACCAGGAUAACUCAAAGCUUGUCACGGAGCUGAAGACUCAGACGUUUGCAAACGUUGAGGGCGGAGAAGAUAGAACGACGCAAGCCUAUUUCGCAGAGGGCGGCUUACAGCCGACGAAGGUGUUCCUACUCAAGGCCCUCGUCCCCGGAAGCAUCGUAACCGGCCCCGCCAUAAUAAUCGACAACACACAAACCAUCGUAGUCGUUCCCGGCUCACAAGCGCGCAUUCUCUCCUCCCACGUCGUCAUCGACCUCUUCGACGAGAAGCCGGCGCAGGAACAGGAAGAGCAGGAGUUGGUGGUGGACCCGAUCAAGCUCAGCAUCUUCGGGCACCGGUUCAUGAGCAUCGCGGAGCAGAUGGGCCGCACGCUGCAGAAGACCAGCAUCUCGAUUAACAUCAAGGAGCGCCUCGACUUCUCGUGCGCGAUAUUCAGCCCCGACGGCGAGUUAGUCGCCAACGCGCCACACGUUCCCGUGCACCUGGGCAGCAUGUCGUAUGCUGUUAAGUACCAGCAUAACCUUCACAGGGGGAAUCUGCGCCCGGGCGAUGUGCUUGUGUCGAACCAUCCCGAGUCGGGUGGUACUCAUCUUCCUGAUAUCACUGUCAUCACCCCCGUCUUUGAUACGGAUGGGAAGACGAUUUGCUUCUACACGGCCUCGCGUGGCCACCACUUGGAUAUUGGCGGGUACCGCGGAAACUCCAUGCCACCUGACUCCACUGAGCUGUGGCAAGAAGGCGCUGCUAUCAAGUCUUUCUUCCUUGUGCGCGACAACUAUUUCGACGAAGAAGGGAUCGUCAAGAUUCUGCUCGAGCCUGGGAAGUAUCCUAAUUGCAGCGGGUCAAGACGUUUGAAUGAUAACUUGUCGGACCUCAAGGCACAGGUAGCUGCCAAUACCAAGGGCAGCAACCUCAUCAAGGCUUUGAUGGAGGAGUACGGCAAGCCUACUGUGCAUUUCUACAUGAGCAAGAUCCAGGAGAAUGCCGAGGUCGCCGUCCGCGGCUUUCUCAAGUCUGCCUAUAAGAAAUAUGGAUCAAAGCCACUCAAGGCAAAGCAAUUCCUCGACAAUGGGUCUAUGAUGCAAGUAACAAUCACGAUAGAUGAGAGUGGCUUCGGUACCUUUGACUUUGCCGGGACGACCUGCGAGAUGCUGUCGAAUAUGAAUGCACCACCGGCUAUUACCUACUCAGCGCUGAUCUACUCACUAAGACUUCUCAUCGGCUCCGACAUCCCAUUGAAUCAAGGCUGUCUCGCGCCGACCAAAGUGCUCCUCCCCAAGAACUGCUUCCUCAACCCCUCAUCAGGGCCGGCGGUCUGCUGCGGCAACACACUUACCUCGCAGCGUCUGGUCGAUCUGCUGCUCAACGCAUUCCGGGCGGCCUCUGGCUCGCAAGGCUGCAUGAACUGCUUUGGGUUCUUUGGCAACUGCAAGGACGAGUCGGGGGCGCCGCAGUCAGGCUUCGGUUUCAGCUACGGCGAGACGAUCUGCGGCGGCGAGGGCGCGGGCCCUAGCUGGCACGGCGCGUCGGCGGUGCAGAUCCACAUGACCAACACGCGCACGACGGACAUCGAGAUCAUCGAGAAGCGCUACCCAGUGCUGGUGCGCGAGUUCUCGAUUCGCAAGGGCAGCGGGGGUCGUGGUAAGUUCAGCGGUGGCUGUGGCAUCGUGCGCGACUGGGAGUGCAGGUACCCGUUGACGUACGGCCUCAUCACAGAGCGCAGGGUCCACCAGCCCUACGGGAUGAUGGGGGGCGAGCCCGGCGCAUGUGGCGCCAAUUACUGGGUGCAGAAGCAGGAGGAUGGCAGUGAGCGCUGGGUGAACAUAGGGUCGAGAGGCCAGGUCGACAUGAAAGAGGGCGACCGCUGUGUUAUUCAUACGCCCGGGGGUGGAGGCUGGGGCGUGCCGGAUGACUACAUGGAGGAAGAAGAUUCUGAGUUCGAUGGGGUUCGUUCUGGUUCGGUGACAAACGGUGCGGUUGGAGUGAAUGGAGUGAAUGGAGUAAAUGGGAAUCAUGAGAAUAAUAAUGGGGCGAAGGUUACUUACCCGAGAGCGGCGGGAAGCUUCCAUACGUAUGCGGCUGCGCAGGAAGCCUCGUCGUGAAGAAGUUUCACGCUAUAGGCUCGAAUUGUCAAUGUUGGUGCUGUACAUACAUAUGUAUGCAUGUGGUAGUUUCAUGUGAUUGAUGUUGGUAUAUAGUAGCAUUCACCUCUAUAAUAAGUAUACUGUGAAUAGGUACCUACAUAGUUAAUUCAUAAUUGAGAAUCUUGAAUCCGAUCCAUGUAUGGGUAUUUAGGUAGGCAGUAGGCAGUGACUAUGUGUGUUGGAU